AUGUUUGCCUACACUAUCCAGGUUGCAAGAUCUGGAGUCCGUGCGACUCUCCCACUCUUGCAUCGUCGUUAUGCAACUGCACAAAGCGUUUCUAGCCUUCUUCUUGUUGAGCACAAGGAUAAUAACAUAGCUUCUUCUACAUUCAACACUCUUACAGCAGCAAGUAAACUAGGCGGCAGCAUUACUGCACUAGUGGCAGGCGAAAAUCCUGAACAAGUGGCCACAACAAUCGCAAAGUUUCCUGGUGUCUCGAAAGUUCUGACUGCAAAGGAUAAGGCAUACGAGCAUGGGAUAUCGGAAGUGUAUGCUCCACUUGUAGUUGCGGCUCAGAAAACACACAACUUUACACACUUGCUGGCCUCAAAUAGUGCAUUUGGAAAAAAUAUUUUACCCAGAGUUGCGGCAUUACUGGAUGUUGCGCAAAUAUCAGACAUUAUUGGCAUCGAAGGAACCGAUACAUUUAUUAGGCCAAUAUACGCAGGCAAUGCAAUUGCAAAAGUGAAGUCUAAUGAUUCUGUAAAAGUGGUCACUGUUCGUAGCACUGCUUUUCCUGCUGCCAAAGAAGGCGACAAUAGUGCACCCACUGAGCCCGCUCCAGAGUCUGAGAAAUCAUCUUUAACUGAAUGGGUCGGGGAAGAAUUGCAAAAGAGUGAUAGACCAGAAUUGGGAUCAGCGUCGAGAGUCGUAUCUGGUGGGAGAGCGCUAAAGAGCCGAGAAAAUUUUGAUAAACUUAUGUUUAGCCUAGCCGAUGCCCUCGGAGCAGCCGUUGGCGCAUCAAGAGCCGCCGUAGAUUCAGGAUACUGUGAUAAUGCUUUACAGGUUGGACAAACGGGUAAAGUUGUUGCUCCAGAUCUUUACCUGGCAGUGGGCAUUAGUGGUGCAAUACAACACAUUGCUGGUAUGAAAGACAGCAAAGUAAUAGCAGCAAUUAAUAAUGAUGCCGAGGCUCCAAUAUUACAGAUUGCUGAUUUUGGUCUUAUUGCUGAUCUGUUUACUGCUGUUCCAGAACUAACGGAAAAGUUGAAAAAGUGA